AAGCUUGAAACUAUGCAAAUAUUUGGGUGGAGAGUUUUCCAAUCAAAAGUAACAGGGGCAAAGAUCUGGAGGAUGGCCUUUCUCCUUUCCUCCGCCAUCGUGGUGGGUGUCCCUGAUUCUUCCUCGCCAUGUCUUCUCACAAGACCUUCAGAAUCAAGAGGUUCCUGGCCAAAAAACAAAAACAAAACCGUCCCAUUCCGCAAUGGAUUUGGAUGAAAACUGGUAAUAAAAUCAGGUAUAACUCCAACAGGAGACAUUGGAGAAGAACCAAGCUGGGUCUAUAAGGAAUUGCACUUGAAUGGCGUGCUCAUUUCUUCUGUCACAAUGUCACAAUGUCACUAUCAGCACAUCAAGCUGAAGAUGUCACCAUCAUCUGGACAGCUGGACAUGUUUGAUUAGGGCUGUGACCAGUGGGCUGGUUCAGUAAUAAAUAUGUGAGCCCUUUUGAACUGCUGUUGUAUUCUGGUUUGUGAAGUGCCUAGCUGCCUCUUAAUGGUCCUUUAGAACAUUCUGCAAUGAUAGAAAUGUUCUCUGGCUCCAAGUACCUGACGUGUUUAAUGUGAAGGACUUGGGGGGGGUAUUGAAUUGUAGUUAGAUUUUUAGUAGGCAGGAAUUUUCUAAGCUAGAAGUUGGCAGAGCAAUCUGUUGCCUGUUUGUAUAUGACCUGGUCACCUAUUUAUUUACAUCCUAUUAUCUAUGACUGUUUUUAACCCUGAUGCACAGAUGCUGUGUGGCCUACAAUACCUCAAAUAUUUGUUGCUUGGCUCAUUUCAGAAAAAGCCAACCCCUGAUCCUGAAUUCCGUACAGUUCACUUUUGCCUUAAAGAUUGAGGUGGUCUGUGUUUGGCGUUGUGGCUAUGUGUCUGUGGAUGCCUGUGUUCCACAGCAGGAGCACCUAGGUUUAAAUCCCGGUUCUGCUUCCAGCUUCCUAGUGCACACCAUGGCACGCAGUAGGUGGUGACUAAAGUGCUUAGGUCCCUACCAACCAAAUGGGAGACCUGGAUUGAGUUCUUGGCUCUUGCCAUUUGGGGGACUAAACCGUUGGAUGGGAAAUGGCUAUCUUUUUUAAGAACAGACGGAGAUUAAUUGUUGGCAUUGUAGCAAUUGGUUAAUGGCAACACUGACUACUGAACACCUGCAUCUGGGUUAAUGAGCAUGUUAGAAAAAAAUUUAAUGCAUUAGAGUAAUAUUUUUAUUUUUUACUUUAAAGAGUUAGGUCUUACAUCCACUGGUUCACUCCCCAAUUGGCCACAAUGGUUGGAGCUACGGAGAUAAGGAGAGAGAAGUUUAUUCCAGGUCUCUGGAUCAGAAGCAGAGCAGCAGGGACUUGAAUCUGCAUCCAUAUGGAAUGCCAGUAUUGCAGGCGGCAGCUAAGAUUUAUUUUGAGACACAUAGGGAGGGAGAGAGAGCUUCCAUCUGCUAGUUGUGUCCCCAAAUGGCUUGCAACAGCCAGAACUGGGCUAGUCAGGAAUCAAGAGCUUACAGAUCUCCCACGUGAGUGCAGGGGCCCAAGUAUGUGGGCCAUCUUCCACUGCUUUCCCAGGUGCAUUAGCAGGGAGUUGGAUAGGAAGUGGAAUAGUCAGGACUCAAACUGGCACAUAUAUUAUAUUGGCAUUGCAGGUGGCAGCUUUACCCACUACAGCACAGCAGCAGUACCCAGAGUAUAUAUUUUUUAAUUCGUUUUUUUAGGGUUCAUAAAGUUUGUCAAUAAAAUUCUAAAAAUAUAAAAAAAAAAGAUCUGGAGGAUGCAGUGAGUCUGGCAUGUUCAAGGAACUUGAAGAACAGCAGAGGGACCGGAACAGAGUGAUGCUCUGUGAGCAAGGAUUGGGGCGAUAGCUUAAGGGCUUCUCAGAGAAGUUCAAGUUGUCUGAUGCUCAGGGCCUAAAUUUACCACCUGAACUCUUAACCUCCCUUAACACAUCAGCAUAUUUUCUUCUAGGUCCCUUUGUUAUGUAAAUUUUUAUAUAGUUGGAAUUAUAUCACCUAUGUUAUUUUCUUGCCUUGAGCCUUUUAUAUUAAGCAUGAACAGUUUCAGUGACACACACUUUUCAACUUAGUUUAAAUUACUGCA